AUGUUUGCCUUGGGGGACCACUCCAUACCCAGAGACCACUCCAUACCCAGGUACCCCCCAUACCCAGGUACCCCCCCAUACCCAGAGACCACCCCAUACCCAGAGACCACCCCAUACCCAGAGACCACCCCAUACCCAGGGACCACCCCAUACCCAGAGACCACCCCAUACCCAGGGACCACCCCAUACCCAGGUACCACCCAAUACCCAGAGACCACCCCAUACCCAGGGACCCCCCAUACCCAGGGACCACUCCAUACCCAGGUAGCCCCCCAUACCCAGGGACCACCCCAUACCCAGGUACCCCCCCAUACCCAGGUACCCCCCCCCAUACCCAAGGACCACCCCAUACCCAGGUACCCCCCCAUACCCAGAGACAACCCCAUACCCAGGGACAACCCCAUACCCAGGGACCACCCCAUACCCAGGGACCACCCCAUACCCAGGGACCACCCCAUACCCAGGGACAACCCCAUACCCAGGUACCCCCCCAUACCCAGGUACCCACCCCAUACCCAGGUACCCACCCCAUACCCAGAGACCACCCCAUACCCAGGAACCCCCCCAUACCCAGGGACCACCCCAUACCCAGAGACCACCCCAUACCCAGAGACCACCCCAUACCCAGGGACCCCCCAUACCCAGAGACCACCCCAUACCCAGGGACCCCCCCAUACCCAGGUACCCACCCCAUACCCAGAGACCACCCCAUACCCAGAGACAACCCCAUACCCAGGUACCCCCCCAUACCCAGGGACCACCCCAUACCCAGGAACCCCCCCAUACCCAGGGACCACCCCAUACCCAGAGACCACCCCAUACCCAGAGACCACCCCAUACCCAAGGACCACUCCAUACCCAGAGACCACCCCAUACCCAGAGACCACCCCAUACCCAGAGACCACCCCAUACCCAGAGACCACUCCAUACCCAGAGACAACCCCAUACCCAGAGACCACCCCAUACCCAGAGACCACCCCAUACCCAGAGACCACUCCAUACCCAGAGACAACCCCAUACCCAGGGACCACUCCAUACAGGGACCACCCCAUACCCAGAGACCACCCCAUACCCAGAGACAACCCCAUACCCAGAGACAACCCCAUACAGGGACCACCCCAUACCCAGAGACCACCCCAUACCCAGAGACCACCCCAUACCCAGAGACCACUCCAUACCCAGAGACCACCCCAUACCCAGAGACAACCCCAUACCCAGAGACAACCCCAUACAGGGACCACCCCAUACCCAGAGACCACCCCAUACCCAGAGACAACCCCAUACCCAGAGACAACCCCAUACCCAGAGACCACCCCAUACCCAGAGACCACCCCAUACCCAGAGACCACUCCAUACCCAGAGACAACCCCAUACCCAGAGACCACCCCAUACCCAGAGACCACCCCAUACCCAGAGACAACCCCAUACCCAGAGACCACCCCAUACCCAGAGACCACCCCAUACCCAGAGACCACUCCAUACCCAGAGGAAGCUACAGUAUAUGGCUCAUAA